UCUACUGCUUUUUCACCUCACCGACUUAAAAUCCUUCUCUGAAUUUCUCACCAACGCCAAAAACGCCAAAAAUCGCAGAAAUCCCCAGAAAAAGAAGAGAAAGAAAGAAAGAAAAGAGAGCUCUUCUGCGGGCCCACCGGAGAGGAAGCGAUCGCCGCCGCCGCCGGCGAUGGUGGUGGUCGACGGGCUCCACGACGGCGGCGGCGGUGACCUCCAGGCCUUGCUGGAUGACGCGGGGGUGGAUGAUGUCGCGGCAAGGGGCGGCGGCGAGGUAGAGGAGGAGGUGGAGCGGCCGUCGAACGAGGACGCGUUCCCGGCGGUGGAGAAGAUGGCGACGGCAGCGGCGGCGAAGGGGUUGCAGUGCCGGCACUGCGGGACGACGGAGACGCCGCAGUGGCGCCAUGGCCCGGAGGGCCACCGCACGCUGUGCAACGCGUGCAGCAUGCGCUACCGGAGCGGCAAGCUGGUGCCGGAGUACCGGCCGCUGAGGAGCCCGACGUUCUCGCCGGAGCUUCACUCCAACAGGCACCACCGCGUCCUCCAGCUGCGCCGCCGACCGGGGCCCCAGUCAGCCGCCCCGUCCCCCGCGGCGGUGGCGAGGUACGGCGGCGAGGCGAAGGAGGAGGAAGAGGAGCUGGCAUGGGUGUCGAACAAGGACGCGUUCGCGACGGUGGAGACCACCAUGGCGCCGUCGCCGCGGGUGGUGGAGACACCACCGGAACACGACCACCGGCCGGCGAACACCCCGACCACCUCUCCAGAGCCGCACUCCGACAGACCCCGCCGCGUCGUCCAGCUACCUCGCCGCCUGCAGGAGCCAUCCGCAUCAGCCAACCUCGCCCAUGCAGUGGCGGCGACGGCGAGGGCGGGGCGAGAGUGCGCGCACUGCGGGACGACGAAGACGCCGGCGUGGCGCCUUGGCCCGGACAGCCGCCGCAAGCUGUGCAACGCGUGCGGCAACAAGUACCGGAGCGGCCAGCUGAACAGCACGACCUUCUCCCAGAAUUCCCAAGAACAGAAGAAGAAGAGCAAGAGCUCGGCGUGUUCCAGGGAGAGGAAGCGAUCGGCGGUGGCGGCGACGGUGGUGGUGGGUGGUGGUCUCCGUGACGACGCGGCGGCGAUCGCGGACGAACACCUCGACGGCGGCGACCUCCAGGCCUUGUUGGAUGACGUGGCGUUGGAUGACGUCGCGGCGAGGGGUGGCGGCGACGCCGGCGAGGCGAAGGAGGAAGAAGAGGAGCUGGAGUGGCUGUCGAACAAGGACGCGUUCCCGACGGUGGAGACGAUGUCGCCGGCGCCGCCGGAGAACCGAACGAAGGCGCCCGUGCCGCCGGCGGGGUGGCAGUGCCGGCACUGCGGGUCGACGGAGACGCCGCUGUGGCGCGAGCGCGACGGCCCGGCGGAGGCGGAGCACGUGAGGAAGGAGGAGACACCACCGAACAUCACCCCGGCAACCAAACACCGCCGCAUCGUCGACCUCCUCCGCUGCUCCACUGCUCUUAACACGGCGGCGAAGGCGGUGGAGCGGCGGUGCACGCACUGCGGGACGACGAAGACGCCGGCGUGGCUGAGUGGUCCGGACAGCCGCGGCAAGCUGUGCAACGCGUGCGGGAAGCAGUACAGGAAAGGUCGGCUGGUGCCGGAGUACCGGCCUCUCAACUGUCCGACCUUCUCGCCGGAGCUGCACUCCAACGCACACGCACACCGCCGUCGCCGAGAGUCGCCGGUCGCCAUCGCCAUCGCCGGCGAGAAGUGAGAGAAAAUGUUUAACCCCCCGGGAUUUUGUUUAGGGUAGGGAUGGCAAUUUCCCCGUUGGGGGCGGGACCCGUCGGGUACCCGCCCCUACGGGAACAGGGACGGGGUGAAAUUUCAACCUGCGGGGCUGCGGGGACGGGGCCCCGGAACUAUGCGGGGGCGGGGGCGGGGCCACAAGCUCACCCGCGGGUGACCCACGGGGCCCCGGAAUAUAGGAUCUAAAAUAUGGCAUACAGCCCAUAAUCAAAUUUAGGCCCAUAUAGCCCAAUAUAUAUAUACAGAUCAGUAAAGAGAAGCCAACCCUAAAAUCAAUCCCGUGAGUUUGUCACCGCCGCCACCAAUCUCUAUUCUCGUUCCAGUAGUUUUGACUUUUGACGCUAUCCCACAAAUCACGCAACACAUCACACGCUGCACGCUACUUCGGCGCUUCCUCACCUCCACAAAUCACGCCUCGCGAGUUGGUCCCGCACCAUCAAGCAGCGGCGGUCGGCGCUCUUCCACGCUGCCCGUAUCGUUGCUCUCACGGACGCCGUCUCCCCAUCCUGCCAUCCGCCGGCGCCUCAUGUCGUUCUCCUACCUCUCCAGCCGCCGGCUCCUAUGCUGUUCUCCUCCUUCUCCGACCGUUCCUCUCCCUCCGGCUGCUGCAGGUUCUCCACAUCAUUAUUCCCUUCCUCCACCCGGCUGCUGCAAGUUUCCCAGACCAUUCUUUCCUUCCUCCGGCUGCUAGCAGUCGCCGCUCGCAUCUGGGUGCGGGGCCCCGGAGGGGCCGGGGCCGGGGAUUGAUUUUGCCCCGUUCCUCACUCCGGGGCCGGGGCCGGGUGAACCCGCAAGGAUGCGGGGGCGGGGCCGUUCCUAUCCAACCCUCACCCGCCCCGCCCCAUUGCCAACCCUAGUUUAGGGAGGCGAUUUAGUUGGCCCGCCCAAUUUUGUUAGCACACUGAAUGUUUAUGUUUUUUGCUCUUGCUAGGGGAGUAGGGGUUUUUGCCUUUUUGGACUAAGUAGACUUCUCUAUGGUUUUUGAAAGGAUUUCCCAUUGACUAUUUGCCACUCUUAUGAGUGGUGCUAAAUUAUUUGUCACUGGACCCA